GCAUACAGGGUACCGGCGCGCGUACGGUACAUACAGCAUGCAUGCAAUGCGUAUUCAGUAGUGCAUAGAUCUUGGUUGGGAGAGUAAGAUGGCGUUUACGUGUAGGGUCCAGUACUUGGACGAUACAGACCCUUUCGCCAGCACAGUGUUCCCCGAGCCUACACGGCCCCCUUCCUUCACAUUCAACGAGUAUUUGCCGCUACUAGACCAGCUGCAAGCCGUCCACAAGUUUCUGAGAGCGCCGCAUAAAGUUGAAGACUGUACACUCCAGCUAUCCCACAAUGGAUAUUACCUAGACCUGGAAUCCUCCAUUGAUGAACAGAAAGACGACUUUGAAAAUUUCAACAAAGAACGCAAGCAUUCUGUAAUACUUCGAUCCCAACUCUCAGUUCGUGUGCAUGGCUGCAUUGAGAAACUGCUCAACUCAACAGGACGAGAACUCAGGAGGGCGCUGUUUUCACUCAAGCAAAUAUUUCAGGAUGACAAGGAUUUGGUGCAUGAGUUUGUCAGUGCAGACGGGCUGGCCUGUCUCAUUAAGGUGGGAACGGAUGCUGACCAGAACUACCAGAACUACAUCCUUAGAGCUCUUGGUCAGAUCAUGCUGUAUGUGGAUGGGAUGAAUGGAGUCAUUGAUCACACAGACACCGUCCAAUGGCUCUACUCAUUACUGGCAUCAAAGUAUCGUCUGGUAGUCAAGACAUCACUGAAGCUGCUACUGGUCUUUGUGGAGUACACAGACACAAAUGCUACAGUUCUGUAUCAAGCAACGUGUGUAGUCGACAAAGAACAAGGCAAGUCAACAUGGAGCAAUGUGAUGGAACUCCUGAAGGACGAGGGCCAAGAUUCAGAGGUCCUCCUGUAUGCCAUGUCACUCAUCAACAAGACUCUGAAUAGCAUACCAGACCAGGACACCUUUUAUGACAUCACAGACUCCCUAGAGCAGCAAGAAAUAGAGGAGGCCACUAAGAAGCUGAUGAGCUGCAAGGGAACCGACCUAGACCUGGUGGAACAGUUCAAGUCGUAUGAGUACGCACUCAAGCAAGAAGACGGCGACAUUGACAUCCCUGUAGAGCGUAAGCACAACCUGCGUAAGCACCGGCGCAGCGCUGAGCUGGUGGACAGGAAGAGUCUCCGUCGGUCCCUGAAGCCAACGGCCGAGUACAGCGUGGACAAGAGAGAGUUGAGACGAUCCCUGGAUCUGGGGACCAGCCUGUCACCGGAUGAUGCGAGGAGGAUCAACGACAGCAGUAGGAGAAGGGAGAACAGGAGGAAUCGGGCCAGGUUAUCCAUGGACAACGCGGGCCACUCGGACUCCCCGAGCACGGAGAAAACCGUCCAGGAAAUGCUGGAGGAGCGGAGAAUGCGACGGAGAGCCGGGGAGCAAGAUGGAUCAAGCCGGGAAGACACGUCAGCUCCGACAACAGACAUGAGCGCCUCAGAGUACAGUAGCAUCUAUGACUUGUCAUUGGACGACGAUGUGUUUGGCGAGGUCAAAUCUGACCAACCAGCAGCCAGUACUGAAGACACCACGCGGCCUGCGGAGCCAUCAAUAAGACCUCCGAGAUCAGAACCGAAGGACGCGAGCCCAGCCCGUCAACCUAGUGACACCCCUCUCUCUGCUCGCUGGAUUGACCGGUAUAACUCCAAAUACGGUACAGUUCUCAGCGAUGAAAAAGAUAAGAAACCUUUCAAGAAAGAGACAGCAGAAGCCAAGUCUGAUGGCCAUGACAUGCUGCCGUCCAGAACGAGACCCAUCGAUACCUCAACCAUGCCCACCAGAACGCAACCAAGCAUAGACACCACGCCAAGUAGGGUCAGACAUUCUGAAGAAGACGCCAGGACGCGAGCGCGGUCCGCGGAAGGUGACGACACCCCUGCAAGAAAGCAUCACGGAAGAGAGACAUCCUCAGAAACUCCUUCCUCAGUCACACCUCCCACUAACACAACCACUCCUGCUGAGACGGAUUACGUCACAGAGAGGAGGCGUAGGAGGAGAGAGAGAGAAGCCCAGCGGGCAGCAGAGGCCGAGGCUGCCGAAAAGCUAACAGCAACCUUACCAAGGAACUUCAAACCUGCAGAUUCUAGCACACCACUGACCACCACAGAAUAUGUGUCCCAUCGGAGAAGAAAUAAAGAUGACAAACCGGAAGAAACAGUUUCAACUACAGUUACAGCCAGUAAACCAGCGGAGGUGACCUCACCACCGGCCCUGGAGAAUGGAGAAGUCAGUUGCCACAGGAGGCGACGCCGUCGCUUGUCAUCAAAAGCCGACACGGAGAACCAGGAACCCAAAGCUGAUGAGGAAGAAGUCAAAGCACUCUUACCUCCUGAUUAUCUGUCGAGCGGCAUCGCAGCCCGGCGGAAACUCCGGCAAGAGCAACGUGAACAAGAAAUGAGGGAGGAAGCCGAAAGACAACGUGAGGCAGAAACCAGCCAGAGACCGGUACCCGUCAUCCUGGAGCCAACCUCAUCGUUCAGUGAGGAGGAGAAUAAAGGUCGGGGGUCAACACAAGAGGUCACCGGGUUGACCAAUGGUGACUCUUCAGGUCUAGAUGCUGUCACAUCUGAGGCUUCCAGAACAUCAAGUCCAGAAAGGAGCGCAACAUCGGAUGAUACGGUCCUUGAGAAGACAGCGGCACCUGCCAAAAUCAGCAAUCAUGUUGAACCCCCGUCAGAAAAACCUCUGCCAUCAGUGGACUCUCCAGAGAAACAAGCCUCAAAGGCAGACAAAGCGCCACUGAGUCUGAAAAUUGACAGGGAGGGGGCGGAGACUUCCAAAGAAGGGGGCGACGUAGUUGGAAAGACAGAGGAGGAUACUCAGAAGGGGCAUCAGGAGCCUCCAAUGAGUGCCGGACUCACCAACAACAAGCGCUACCAACUGGAGAUGAUGUACGCCAACCGCAACAGCCUGGAUGAGCCAGCAUUGGGAAGUCCCUCAAGAAAGAUCUCUACCAGCCUGGAGAAUCAUGAAUCCAUCACGAACAGGAUAGACAAGCUGAAUAAGAAGCCUGAUGAGGAGGAGGAUGAGGGGCUGACGAUGGUAGCUCCUAGGAACAUGGGGGUGACAGAAGGGACUGUGCAAUCAGUGCAAGAGAAGCUGCAAUCCCCUCAAGGGGCAACCACGUCACAGGAAGACCAAAAAGAGACUGGACCUAAGGGGGACAAGACAGGUGCCAUCAACCUUGCCAAGCAAGGCCUGAAAUCCGUCAACAUACCCCUGAAACAGCCCGGGGCCAGUGUGCCUGGCAAAGCAGCCGCAGUUAGCCCAGAGGUCCAGCAAGAAGCCCAGUGGCAAGAGCUGCUGCGACAGAAUAACCGGGAGCUUCGCAUCAGCGGCUGGGACUUCACUGACUUGUCAACCAAGGAUGACAAGAAUGUCUUCAUGGUGACCAACACGUUUGGAGGAGGAGGGGUUGUGCCACCACCUCCCCCGCCACCAAUGGGCGGGAUGAUUAUCCCACCUCCCCCUGCCCCACCCGCCCCACCCAUGGCACCGGGACAUUAUGGAACCCUUCCCCCACCCCCUCCACCCUUGUCAACGGCCAUGACAACAAUCAGUGAUGGUUACAAUACCUAUCCACCCAAGAAGAAGAAGACGGUACGGUUGUUCUGGAAGGAGACUCGACUGGACAGGCUGUCCAUGUACGGCAGGAACGACCCCAAGGAAACCAUUUGGGGAGGACUAGGGGAGGUUAAGAUCGACAAGAGGAAACUGGAGCAUCUCUUUGAGUCCAAGGCCAAGGAAAUCCUCCAGAAGGAUCAGAAAAUCCUGGAGGCUGGCAAGAAGCAUGUGAUAUCUGUCUUGGAUGCCAAGCGUUCUAAUCACAUCAACAUUGCCCUGACGGCCCUGCCUCAUCCCAGUACCAUCAAGCAGGCGAUUAUGAAGAUGGACGGCACGGCGGUCAACAAGGAAGGAAUUGAGAAACUGUUGACGAUGGUCCCAACAGAGGAGGAGUCCAACCUGAUCAAGGAAUCCACCAUGUUGAAUCCUGACAUCCCGCUGGGCUCGGCCGAGCAGUUCCUGCACAUGCUGUCCAACAUCACCGUGCUCAAGGCACGACUCAAUCUCUGGCUCUUCAAGAUGGACUACGAGUCGCUGGAGGAGGAAGUCGCUGAACCCCUGGCUGAACUCAAGAAGGGCAUCGAAGACCUCAAGAACAACAAAACAUUCCGCCACAUCUUGUCCAUGCUGCUUGCCGUGGGGAACUUUCUCAAUGGUGCUCAGGUGCAAGGCUUCCACAUAGACUACCUUGCCAAGGUGCCCGACAUCAAGGACACUGUUCACAAGCAGUCCCUGCUCUACCAUCUAUGCGGCAUGGUCAUUGAACAGUUCCCAGACAGCACCGAUCUCUUCUCAGAGCUGGCCUCCAUCAGUAGAUGUGCAAAGGUUGACUUUGAAGUGCUUGAGACGAACCUUCAGAAAAUGGAGGAGCAGUGCAAAGCAUCAUGGGAACAUCUACGCAUCAUCAACAAACACGACAGCCAUUCGCACUUAAAGAGCAAAUUACAAGAUUUUCUAUCGGAUUGUAACCAGAGAAUCAUAGUUCUAAAAAUAGUACAUAGACGAGUCCUUAAUAGGUUUAAUGAACUACUUCUCUUCCUGGGCAUGACUGCCUCGGCAGCCCGGGAGCUGAAGAUUACCGAGUUCUGUAAGAUUAUGAGCGAGUUUGCCUUAGAGUAUCGUACCACGCGGGAGCGGGUGCUGGAACAGGAGAAGAAGAAAGCCAACCAUCGCAAGCGGGCAAUGACUAGGGGGAAGAUGAUCACUGAGAAUCUGACCCUUAGUCAAGACAAGGAGGAGGAUGCCAAACUGAAGGCUCUCCUCAAGAACCACGUUGGCAGCACCGCACCGGGUGAUGAAGCUCUCAGGACUCGCACACGCAAUAAGCCCAAUCUGGGCACGAGUGCCAGCACAUCCAACAUGGAGGACGUUGGGGACGAACAAACGGACGAAAUGCUUCAAAUUCUUGUCAACACGGCCAAGAACACCAGGACGCGUAAUACGCCGAGGGAGAGAAAACGUGGUGGACGGACGAACCGCAAAUCACUACGGCGGACGCUAAAGGGUGGUACUGGUUUGACAGAGGCGGAGAGUCGUGCUCUGGGUCUACACCCAUCUUCCAAGACAGUUCACAUCUGAAGACCCAGCGGAGAGACUUGACCAUCGAGGCCAAUUCCCUGCAUCGAAAGAAAAACCAAAUCGUAAAUAUAACUUAACAGUACAUCCUCUUAAAGGGGUGGAUUCAGUACUGUUGAUGCUCACUGCCAUACCGGGGCAACGCCUGCCCUCAAGAGGGUAGAAUUGGUCACUCAUAAAGUCUGGAAUCCUGACAACGUUAACACCAGGGCUGUUUGGGAUGUUGCUGGUCACCAAACUUUCCGCAAGGAAAAUAUCUACCAUCUUAGGAAUAGUUUGAAAGGAGAAUCACACAGGAACGGGUAGUGCCUUAUUAAAACAAUAUAUGCAUAAACACAAAUUAAUAAACAUAAAUUUCUGCGCAAAUCUGUGAAUGCCAAAAAAAUGACAUAAGUAUUUUUAUUGCCUUCUUUAUUGCAUUUCUCCCUGUAGAGAAUAUUUUACUAUGUCUACUAUACCGGUAGUAACAUUUUACUGUAACUUUUUUUUUCCUUUCACCCAGUCAGUGGAAAACGACAUUUUACUUAGAAUUUUUAAAUAUAUCAUAUAAAAUAAAUUGAAAAUGGCAUUUAUGUAUCUGCUGUCACGCUAAACAAGCAUUUUUAGCCAAUAAGGGCUUCACGUGGGAUACUUUCAGUUACCGAUGAAUUGUACCGGAAUGCUACAUUUAAGUCAUUGUUUCCUCAAAAUUCUCCUUUUCUGCUUAAAAACAUGAAUACUUAAAAUUUGCGUUGAAUAAAAAUGAAACAUCUGACAUGAAAACCUGAACUAUCAAGAUUCAACAAGCCUGACAAAUAAUAUAUUUAAACCAAAUUGCAGACAAAUUUAAUGCCACAUACAUGUAUGCAGUGCCAAAAAGUCACUCAGUUAAUGUUUUCAACUGCCCCACAUUUUGAGUAAUCAAUCUUCAUACAAAGAAUAAAUCAAGACUUUACCCAGAUGUUGAGAUCCAGUUGUCAUGAUUAACUGGGAACAAACUGGUCAUCUGAUCAGAUCAAAGGAAGAUUUGUUUUUUGAGAAUGGUCGUUGAAACAUAAAAAGGUGUUAUUUACUUUUGUGCGUGGGCAGUAACUUAGCAGUGUGGGAUUAUUUUUUGUCUUAUCAAGUUCCAUCUCAUGAAUAUGGCCAUCAUUCUGAUCCGUCAGAUAUGUCUGAAUCCAAUUCCUAUGUUGAGCUUCCCAGUGAGCUACAUGUGGCUACUAGCACAAGCUAAUUUUAAUUACUUUCAAAUGAACUUAAUUUAACUAAAAACUAAUGUAAAAUAUAAAUGUCAUUUUUACUGUUCGUGUAUAUAAGAAACGAUUUUUACUGUGUUCGUUAUUAUCAAAUUGUACAUGACAAUCUCAUGCAUCCGUAUCUUCCCAAAUAAUUAUUUUUUAAUGAUUUUUAGAGGCGAAUCAAACAAGCAUUUGUGGUCACAUUUUUGUAUAUUUCUUUUUUAAAGAGUGUUUGUCGUUUUGAAUUCACGUUUCGUUUUAUCGAAAUGUUCUGCCCACAGGCAUGUUUUGACAAACAAGUAGCAAAUAAUCCCUAUAUGAGAGUAUCACUUUCCUGUGGAUUCAAUUUGUCACAAUAAUUUUGACAAUGUGCCACGGAUGAAUCUGCCUUUCGUUUCACUUCAAACAAUCAACAGAAAGUAUCUCUCGGUGUCGGCGAUUCAACGCGAGAUGUUGACGGCUCGAAAGCCUUUUUAAUCGUUCACACAAAAACUCCGAAUAGGAACAAAGAUCCGCAGACACAAAAAGUACGAUAGAGUUACUUGAAUGAUUGCGAAAGGUAUUACAAAAAAAAUACACCUCAUUGUACUGCAUGUGUUGUAUGACGUCAAUGAGCCAGCUCCUUGUAAGGGAUGGAUUUUGCAUGACAUGGAUUGUCAGGGGCUGGGUAUUAUACUCAUUGUUGGGGUCUAUGCCGUGUGGGUGGGGUGGGUGAAUCGAUAAUCCAGCUAAGCCCCCUCAGGUAUUCUGGGUUCAGUUAAGUGCAUUCUGCUGUACCGGCCAGUACCAACGAGGAGUUGUGUUUUGCCAGCCAGUGCAAUGAGGAGUUUUCUUUCCUGCCGGCCACAAUCGAAGUGGUGGGAUGACUAAGUUCAGAUUUGGCCAAUUAAAGGGGGCAGAACGGUCAGACAACUUCGUGUUAUUCAACUGGAAGGUCCAAGUAUUGUAUAAAUCUUGGCGCAGUGUAACAACAAUAUGCUACAUGUAUCAACUUGAUGAAUGCCUUUGACAAAGGUUCAGCCAGGAUAAAAAUACAAUGUAUUAGUAUUUGACACUCUAUUUUUUUUUUUCUUUAUGAACAAACAUAAGAGUACGCACUUAUGACGUUAUUGUCUGCAAACCUGUUUUGGGUUUGUUUUUUUUAAUCCAGUGAAUUUACACAUUUAGCAAAUACAUAAUUUUUUCAGUGUUCAAAGAUAUUGUGUAUUGAAUAUAUGUCCUUUUCAAUAAUUCUAUUGACUUUCAUCUGUGUCUAAAAAAUAUUCGGCUUUUUUUUUGCAUGUUACUUGCACACCCCAUGAUGUUCAAUCACAUCUUGCCCUCGAUUUAGCUGAAAAUAGUGCUUACCACAUGUCUGUGCUUAGCAAAAACAACCGGGAACCAGUUACAAACAAUAUUAACCCAUGGCCUUUCAGUUGGUAACCUGUUUUUGCUGAGCAAGGUAUUCUGUGCUUAACAGAAUUUUGUGUAUGGCGGCGCCUAGAAAAUUGCCCCACGAUCUAUGCUUGAGUGUAUCGGUGAAUUUAUUAUAUUGUUUACUCAGUGAUGUUUAGUAAGUUUGGUUUUUCACCCUGACACCCCUGGCCCUGACUAAAUCUUGGUUUCCCGUUUACUGCCGUCCCUGGUCACCCCUCUUCAAAACUUGUGAUCUGUCUUUGUGAAAAAAAAUCUGCCUUUGUAAGAAAAAAAAGUACAGAAAGUGAAGUUCACAGCUGUAUGUCUGUGAUUUAGUACCAAAAUAUGUACAGAUGUGGAGCAGCAUCUGAAAAUUUGCUCAAAACCUCAAUAUUUAUCGGCACACUAAAAACCACCAGGGAAAAACUUAUUUCUAACCUAAAUUGCGUUAAACAGUUUGAAAUUUUAAAGACGUGGUUUGAAAUUAGUUCUACACAGUAUAUAGAUCAGCAGUUGUGUUAUUUAUUUGUGCACUUUCAUGUCAACGCCCAUAAAGCAUAUAAUUGUUUUGUAUGUUGGCAUACUGGAGCAGGUUCUUCACAAUAUUGCAUAGGAGAUGAUAUUUUUGUUGCUAGAUUUUAAUAUAUUCAUAAAUGAACAGCAUUCACUGCUGACGGUGUCUUCAGAGGCGGUCAUUUUAAGUGCCUCCCCAAUUGUAAAUGAUUUUGCUGUGAUUUUGUUGUAAGUGUAUAUGUCGGGGAAACUAAAUAAGUCACAAAACUUGGCUGAAACUGCACUGCCUUGGUUGAGAUGUAGGAACGAAAACUGGCCAAGAACUACAUGUAUGUUAAUUAAUAUUUGCAGGUAUUAUUAGUGUCCUGAAUAUAUGUUUUAGAUGCUUUAUUACUGCGUGAUUAUUACUGUAACUGAGACUACACCCAACAAUUUGGUGGGGUUUUUUUUACCAUUUUUAGUUGAUUUUUAGGUAUUACUUGCAUUUUUGGUUUGCCAAUAUAUGUUUUUAAAUACCAUGUGUAACAAUGUAAUGGGCCGAUUUUUUUAUUGAGGCAAAUUGCGUUCGGGUUAGAUUUGACUCAUCUAGGCCUAUACAAUGCACAAAAUGUCAGAAAACCAAUAGUUUCACUAGUAGUAUACCUACGUUGUAAUCAUGAGAGUUUAAUAGAUUUGUCCACAAUUUUCGCCCACGGCACUGGUAUAUCUACUAGGAUAUCUCAUCGACAUAUAACCUUGGUACAUCUGGGAGUAAUUAAGUUUUGCCACAAAAAAGUCACAAAAUCUCCGCAUUUACACUGAUUUCUUGUCAACACUGCUUUUUCCCCCUAUGUGUUCAGAAAGCAUGCAGCCUUGUCGUCCACUCAAUGCCACACUCAAUCAGUGCGCGUUGUGUCCUAAUAACUGUCCCUGACUGACUUUUCCGAGGUGAAAUGAAUUGUGACAAUAGCGCACAUCAGAAUUGUAAGAAUUGCACGUGGCAAUGUGAUAGUGAUGCAUGGGGCUUUUAGUCGAAAUGAGAAACCUUAUUUUGUGUAGAGAGAUAUGGGUGUCUAGUCUGUGCUCGGACACUGUUAUGGAACUGAUUUGUAAUAUCGUUCGGGGUACUGCGUGCUGGUUGUAUCAACUGUAACAAUGGGUGCAUAAGUUGUACGCAAACAAGUGGGAGGAAUGUUAUUGUGUCUACUUUGGAAUUCUAAUUCGGAUUUACGAACGUGUUUUUCUUCAGCUGCGUGUAGUGCUGAUACCAUUCUGUGUAUUAGUAUGCUGCUGAGAAAUCGCAUUUAAAACGGUGCCUAUAAUGAAUGACAACUGUAACAAAAUUCGAGUACAGAAAGAAAAUUCAAAUACAAAUUUACUUUAGAUCUGAUAUUUAUACCAUUUUUUGGCAUUUUAUCCAAAUUGGAGAACUGGUCACAGCUUUUUAAUGUGAAUAAUUGUACAAGUAUUUUUGAUACCAACCAAUUCACCAAUGCUUUCGAUUUCAAGUUUUAUGAACUGGAAUGUGUGUUUUUAAUACUGAAUUGUAAUGUGCCUGUACCUUUUACAGAAAGUGACAUGUAAUGUAUUUUGGAAGACGUGAUGUUUAUUAAUGACUGAUUAUGCAAAUGUAGUGUGCAAUUUGUAGUAAUUCUCAUUCGCAGUACAGGCUAUGCAUCUUUACUUUAAGCAGAAUUCUGAACAAAAGGGCCACACUAAAUCUAAGUCAUAGUAUACAAAAUCUGGUGUUAGUUAUGUAGAAGCCAUUGUAUGUUAAGCAUUAUGUAAAUUUUGCGGCAUCAUGCAUCCUCAUCCAUGCAGGAGAAAGUAUUAAUUUUCUUGUAAUAUAAUGUAUUUUUUUUGUUCAAUAUGAUUGGAUACGGGGUUCCGUGCCCGCAGCUUGUACAAGUUGAUUGCCUGUAUAAUGUUUAGAUGAUGCGUAUAGUGUGUGAUCCGAAUAAGCUUAAUUUUGUUAAAUUUAUUGCACUUGCCAUAUCUUUAUUCUUUUGUGUAAUAGCUUUCAUCGUUGUGCCGGGAAAAAAAAGUAUACGCACGGUAUAAGGGAGAGCACAUUGAA